GCAAAACCAAAAGAAGACCAGCAGCUAGGUGUUCACAGAGGGAGGACAUGGUAGUGCAUUAGUCCUCAGUACACCAAGUAAAGUUGGUGGUGACACAUUUGCGCAUAUGUGAAGACCCACCAUCUCUUUGGCAAGUGAAGCUGCAGAAUGUGCAACUAUAUUUGCUUCACGAGGGAUCCCAACAGAUUUCAGCGAAAGAUUGACUCCUAAUUGCAUGAAUCAGAGGGUGAUUGAGCUCCAAUGCAAUGUUGAUGCCGUCCAAAAUGGCAUUUGCUUCGGCCAGAGCUGUCGAGCCAUAGAUGCUCAAUCUGGUGGAUCCACCAACAACAACACGAUCAUAACUCCAAAGCCACACACAAAUAAGGGACCAGAUCAGGCGGCAUCGCAAUUGACGUUUGCAAACCCAAGAGGGGGAGGGGUCUAUCUGGUGGGAAGAAUGUAUUUAGGAGUUGGAUGGGCUGAUAUCAAAUUUCUUGCUCUCCAGAACUCAAUAACCAAGCUGUUUCUGCUAAUGAUGAUGAUCUGGGGACAGAGGGGUUUCUUCUGAUCGAUGAACUCACAUCUUGCAAUCCACAUCUUCCAACAGAAGAAGUUAAUAAGGGUUUCGAAUUAAGUUAUAAUGCUCUAUAUAAGGCAGCUAGUAGAUUUAUUUUUUUACAAUUCAGAAUCAAGUCUCCCCUAUAUUUGAUCGAGAUCUCUUUCCCCAAGAUAGCAGAGAAUCAACCAUGUUUGCCAGGCUUUUUGGGAAACCUAAAACGGAACCGAUUACCUUGGAAAAGUUAAGUGAGAAUCUUGAAAUGCUUGAGAAAAUGGAGAGAGUACUCCAAAAGAAGGCUGUUGCUGAACUUGAAAGAGCCACGCAAUUCAGCAAAGUAAAGAAUAAAAGAGCGGCUAUGCAAUCUCUGAAGAAGAAGAGGUUGUAUGAUCAGCAAAUACAGAACAACGGAAACUCCCAAUUGCGGGUCCAUGAUCUGAUGAUAAUGCUGGAAGGUGCAAAAGCCAACAUCGAAACUGUAGAUGCCUUGAGAACUGGAGCAGCUGCACUGAAGGCAAUGCAGAAAGCAGCGAAUAUAGAUGAAGUGGAAAAGACCUUGGACGAGGUUCAUGAGCAGACAGAGAAGAUGAAACAGAUCCAGGAAGCUUUGUCAACUCCAAUUGGAUAUGAUGAUUUUGAUGAGGAUGAAUUGGAAGCAGACCUUGAAGAGCUGGAAAGUGCCGAGUUGGAACAACUUCUUCAGCCUGCAGCAACUUCUUCAGCUCCAGUGCACCUCCCAGAAGGAAGGCAACCAAAUCGUCCUCUUCUCCAGAAGCCCACCGUUGAUGAAGAAGAUGAACUAGCUGCUUUGCAGGCUGAGAUGGCACUAUAAGCAGCUUGCACUAGGUUAUAUAUAUAUGCUAGUGUAGGAAGUUUUUAUGCUUUAUUGUUCGAGGUUGAUACUCGAAACAUUUGUUUUGAAUUUGAUGAUAAUUAAAUGGCAGAAAUUUAAUUUAAACAAGAAA